AUGGACUACUUUGUUUAUUUCAGGUGGCUGAAGGGGCAGCAGGAGGAUAAGCAGGACACAGACGUCCAUUACCACUCUCUGACCGGAGAGGGGAACUUUAACUGGCGCCUGGUCUUCCCGUUCGAUUAUCUCGUGGCCGAGGAGAAGAUCGUGAUCUCCAAGAAAGAGUCCAUGUUCUCCUGGGACGAGACCGAGUACAAGAUCCCCCCGAGACUCACGCUGCAGGUCUGGGAUGCAGACCACUUCUCUGCAGAUGACUUCCUGGGGGCCAUCGAGUUGGAUCUAAACCGGUUUCCUCGAGGAGCAAAGACGGCCAAACAGUGCACUCUGGACCUGGUCCGUAACGAGCUGGAGCUGCCGACCGUCUCCAUCUUCAAACAGAAGAGAGUCAAAGGAUGGUGGCCCUUUGUGGCCCGGGACGACAACGACCAGAUGGAGCUGACGGUGAGACAGAGGACAGAGGACAGAGGACAGAGGACAGAGGAGAGAGGAGAGAGGAGAGAGGACAGAGGACAGAGGACAGAGGACAGAGGACAGAGGAAAGAGGACAGAGGACAGAGGAGAGAGGACAGAGGACAGAGGACAGAGGAGAGAGGACAGAGGACAGAGGACAGAGGACAGAGGACAGAGGAGAGAGGACAGAGGACAGAGGACAGAGGAGAGAGGAGAGAGGAGAGAGGACAGAGGACAGAGGACAGAGGACAGAGGACAGAGGAGAGAGGAAAGAGGACAGAGGACAGAGGAGAGAGGAGAGAGGAGAGAGGACAGAGGACAGAGGAGAGAGGACAGAGGACAGAGGACAGAGGACAGAGGAGAGAGGAGAGAGGACAGAGGAGAGAGGACAGAGGACAGAGGAGAGAGGACAGAGGAGAGAGGACAGAGGAGAGAGGACAGAGGACAGAGGACAGAGGAGAGAGGACAGAGGACAGAGGAGAGAGGACAGAGGACAGAGGAGAGAGGACAGAGGAGAGAGGAGAGAGGACAGAGGAGAGAGGACAGAGGACAGAAGAGAGAGGACAGAGGACAGAGGACAGAGGACAGAGGAGAGAGGACAGAGGACAGGGGAGAGAGGACAGAGGAGAGAGGACAGAGGAGAGAGGAGAGAGGACAGAGGAGAGAGGACAGAGGAGAGAGGACAGAGGACAGAGGACAGAGGACAGAGGAGAGAGGAGAGAGGACAGAGGACAGAGGAGAGAGGACAGAGGAGAGAGGACAGAGGAGAGAGGACAGAGGACAGAGGACAGAGGACAGAGGAGAGAGGACAGAGGACAGAGGAGAGAGGACAGGGGAGAGAGGACAGAGGAGAGAGGACAGAGGAGAGAGGACAGAGGAGAGAGGACAGAGGAGAGAGGACAGAGGACAGAGGACAGAGGACAGAGGAGAGAGGAGAGAGGACAGAGGACAGAGGAGAGAGGACAGAGGAGAGAGGACAGAGGAGAGAGGACAGAGGACAGAGGAGAGAGGACAGAGGAGAGAGGAGAGAGGAGAGAGGACAGAGGAGAGAGGACAGAGGACAGAGGAGAGAGGACAGAGGAGAGAGUACAGAGGAGAGAGGACAGAGGAGAGAGGACAGAGGACAGAGGACAGAGGAGAGAGGACAGAGGACAGAGGAGAGAGGACAGAGGACAGUGUUGCAUUAUGGGAUGGAGAGAGCUCAGACUGGGUAAAGUGGAGGCGGAGCUCCACCUGGUCACGGCUGAGGAGGCAGAGAAGAGUCCUGUGGGUCUGGGACGGAACGAGCCCGAUCCUCUGGAGAAACCAAAUCGCCCAGACACCAGUCUGAUGUGGUUCUUGGGGCCCCUGAAGGCCAUGGGGUACUUCAUCUGGCACAACUACCACUGGGUGAUCCUGAAGGUUCUGGGGGCGCUGCUGCUGCUGCUCCUGCUGGGCCUCUUCCUCUACUCCCUCCCCGGCUACCUGGUCAAGAAGAUGCUGGGGGCCUGA